UUCAAGAUGGCAGCUACCAUGUUUCGGGCUGUGCAGCGGGGCUGGAGAACCGGUGUCCCGCCGUGCUGCGGACUGCGACGACUGACCCAGGGGCCUCCUGAUUACCCCAGCUUCGUGGAGUCUGUGGAUGAAUACCGUUUUGUGGAGCGCCUGUUACCGCCGACCAGCAUCCCAAAGCCCCCAAAGCAUGAACAUUAUCCCACUCCUAGUGGCUGGCAGCCCCCCAGAGACCCCCCACCCAACCUGCCCUACUUUGUGCGACGCUCUCGUAUGCACAACAUCCCAGUCUACAAGGACAUCACGCAUGGAAACCGUCAGAUGACUGUGAUCCGGAAGGUGGAGGGGGACAUUUGGGCCCUGCAGAAGGAUGUGGAAGAUUUUCUGAGCCCGCUGCUGGGGAAGACACCUAUCACCCAGGUCAAUGAGGUGACAGGUACCCUUCGGGUCAAAGGCUACUUUGAUCAGCAGCUCAAAGCCUGGCUUCUGGAGAAGGGCUUCUGAAGCUCA